AUGAAAAACUUGUAUGAGAAACUUGUAAGUAGCCACAAACAAAUCUGUGGGAUCGAGCUUUAUGCGUCAUUUUUGCAAAGUAUUUUUCAUAAUGAUGACCUCAGUAAUCUGAUGCUACGAAAAAUAGAAACCAUAAAAAUUAAUGACUUUAAAUCUGCAGCCUUUAGCGAACAAAAUGGUAUUUUGCUUGUUUCAGUUGAUUCUAUAUCAUUUCCCGUCGAAGAUCGAACACUGCAUUUGCCCGUGGCCUAGCGCAACGAAGUGGAUCGAUCCAGAGGUCCAUGUGCCCGACACGUGGACAAAUAUGGUGGCAGCUCUAGAAACGGUUAUCCCGUAAAACUUUAUAGAUAAUAAGAUAAGAUACUAUAUCAUUUGGAGAAAUCGUAUAUAUAAAUGACCCAGCUUUAUAUAUACUAAAAACUUCAAGGCUUGAUACUAUAGGAAAAUCUUUUACGAAAUUUAUACCUCUACAGUAUAGACUUAACCACGAUACAUAUAUUCAUGAAUUCGUCCAAAACUGUACAAAUCCUGAUGUUACAAAUCAUCAUGAUUUCUUCCUUGAAAAUGACGAAGGAUUUUUAUUUGAAUGCCAGCUAAUAAUAAGGUUCACUCCGAUGUAUAACAAGGUUUAUAUUUUAAUUUCCAUAAAGCCUCUCAACACUUCUAGGCAAAUGGCUUUAAUUAGCAAUGAAGGCAUUAUUCAAAAUCAUACUAAUAAAUUUCCAUAUUUUGUAGGGUGUGAAGGGGCAAGUGCUAAGAACAGAAAUAUUUCUGAAUUUAUUUCAAAUUUUAGCAUGCACUCUAUCAAUACUUUGGAACCUAAAAUUGAAAUGGUUGACAACCAUGAAAUCGCCUUAAUCCAUUCAGAAAAAAUCAUAAAAGACACUAAAAUCCAUACUUUUACAAUAAUUUAUAGCGAAGAUGAUAUGCAUAUCUGGAAAAGAGAAGCUAAGUCUCACCAAGUCAUUUAUCUCAAUAACAACAAUGACACGGACACUGCAGUUUACUACUGCAACUGGAUGCCAUCAAUUAAUCAAAAAAUGUAUGAAAAUAUUAAAUCUGUCUUCAAGAUAACUGGAAAAUUGCCUCAAGUUCCUAUAGAAAAUAAUGAUAAUAUCGACGCCCCAAAGGACUCUCAAAAAACCAUAGAACAUUUUUCGACCCCUAAAGACCUUCUAACUCCAUUAAGCAAAGAUAGAUAUAAUUCUGCCUCAAACAGCCAAUCGAAUUCCGCUCAACGAUUUGUUACAAAAGUGAUCCAAGAAUCAGAAAACCGUAUAAAAUUUUUCCAGUCUAUCUUUUUCUUUUCAGUUUUAGCUGUCGCUUGCUCAAAUAUUGGGAUUUUAAUUUAUAUUUAUGAUGAAGUCGAUCAUACGAGCUCAUUGAAAACUUUUGAGCAUUUAGGAGAAAUUUUAUAUUUAAUAGUAUCCUCUGCUGAUUUUGUAGUAUCGAUAAGCUAUCAUGUGAAAAAUGGGCAAUUAUCAAAUUCAAGUAAUGUCCUGAAUUUUAACAGGACUAUUUUGCAGUUGAAUUCUUUAAAAGAUUCGAUCAGAACUGAUUAUGCAGACUGAAGUUACUGCCAGAACUCUGAUAUUUCGAUAAAACCUUUAAUUCCUGUAUGGAAAUAUGAAAAUAAUAAUGAGCUGAAAAUGGUUAACUUUUAUGAUGCCAUACAAGAAUUCAUAAUUAAAGGAAAUGAUUUUAUAUCAAAAGUAGAAACUAGCAGCGAUAAUUCUAAUGAAAUGAAAUUUAUCAUAAAAAACUCACUUGGAUUCAUGUAUGAGUACUCAGAUUCUGCAUUAGAAGGACUAGUUAGCUGUGAAAAAGACCGUAUAAGUGGCCAAGGAGCUAAUAUAGGUGCAUUUUUAGGCCUUGGAGUCGGGAUUAUUACUCUAUUCUUAGCUUUUUUAAUCAUCCAGAUUCUCUCCAUCAAUAAAAGAUAUCAGGCACUAUGAGACACUGUUAUGAAAGUAGCCCGACUUUUUGGCGUCGAAGAGAAAUAUAUUUUAAUUGAAAGGCUUGCAGAGGUACAUGGAAUUGACUAUGCCUCCAUAACUCAUUCUGUAGGUGGGUUUUGGCCGGCUCAAGGGCUUUUGCACUUGGCCACGGCUGCCCUGGCUAGUGUCAAGAGAAAGCAGGAGAAUCUGUUAAUGUUGAGAUAAGGCAAGUGACGAGCAAUCCACAGAACUGCACAAUCUAACUUAUGGACUGUCCAUAUACCACCAGCAACAGCCGGAAAGAGACCCUCAAACCUGGAGGACGGGCAGACAGCAAGUCCGUAAUUAAGUAGCUGACACGUCCUAGUUAAGUUUUAGGAUUACUCAAUCAUUCUGAUCAGUAGACUGACAAGAAUCCUGAUCAGAGACUAACUAUUAAGUCUAAGUCUAAGACUAUGCCUCAUUAGACAAUAAUUGCUCUUCUAAAAAAAGCCAUGAGGACUAUAAAAAAUUGAGUUUUAAAGUAUUAUGAAGAUAUGCAUGAAGGCUCUCAAUAUUUUUCCUUGUUUCUGUUACAUUUUAUUUGGUCAUUUAUUUUGUACUUUAUGCUCAUUGUGAAGAAUUUAUGGUGAGUAGGCCUGUGAUUCUACAAACUUUUACCAAGCAAAGAGCUCUAUUAUCAAGAAUGAGCCUUUUUGCAAGGGAUAUUAAUAUUCCUGUAAAUGAGGGAUUAUUUGCAAGUAGUUAUUCUUUUAAGAAUCCAAAGACAGAAUUAGUAAACUCAGCAAGCCUUUUGAACGAUGAAAUAUUGAGUAUGAGGGAUUCUAACUCCCCCUUUUAAAUUUGAGCAAAUUAUUGGUAAUUUCCAUUUUUUUUUAUAUUAAAACCCACUUUAAAUUGUGAAUUUUUUAUAGGAAGGUUUAAAUUCUAAUUUUUAUAUCAUUAGUUUUGCCUAACUUAAUGGAGCAAGUGCAAUUAGGAUAAUAUUUAAAUUCAAUUUUUUAAAAAUUUUAAUAUCUUUGAUUAUUUUUUAUAUUGAAAAAAUUAUCCCUUUUUCAAAUUAGAACAGGACUUUUUUGCUCAAAUGUGAGUGGGGAAGUAGGAUUUUAGAUUUGGCAUCUGAAGAUCUAAAGAAGAGAAUUUUUGAAUACUCUGAAAUUGAUGUAGGGAUAUUAAAAUAUGGGACAAUUUCAGCAACAAAUUCAGUGAUUUUUCAAGCUUUUAGCUUAGGGAGUGGGACUCGUUUCUUUUACACGAGGUCUACUCCAUAACGACUAUUUUUUUUUGGCCUAAUUUUUUUUGGCCUAAUUUUUUUCGGCCUAUUUUUUUUUGGCCUAUUUCAUAACGACUAUUUUUUUUUGGCCUAUUUUUUCUGUCGAGGAUAAUUCAUGAAGCUGCUGAGAGAACUAAAUAAUUAUUGGGUAACGGAUGUAUUUCCUUACACGAUUAAUAUUAAGUAAAUUAAGUGGAAAAAUCCUAAUUAAAUUUAAAAUUCUCGAAAUUUAAAAAGCAAUGAAUUAGCAUUCAUGGAGUAAGAGAUCUGUUAAAGGUGUAUUUUAUGUUAAUAAAAUCGUUUAAAAUACAUUAAAAAUUAUAUUAAAAUCAUUAGUAUGAAAUUAGGCCCAAAUAUUAGUAAAAAAUAGCUAAAAAAUGGCCAAAAAAAAGUCAAAAAAAAUAGGUCAAAAAAAAAAUAGGCCAAAAAAAAAUAGGCCAAAAAAAAAUAGGCCAAAAAAAUAGGUUAAAAAAAAAUAGGCCAAAAAAAAAUAGGCCAAAAAAAAAAUAGGCCAAAAAAAAAUAGGCUAAAAUAAAAUAGGCCAAAAAAAAAUAGGCCAAAAAAAAAAUAGGCCAAAAAAAAUUAGGCCAAAAAACAAUAGGCCAAAAAAAAAUAGUCUUUAUGGAGUAGACCUCGUGUGAAGGAACCGAGUGGACUAGAUUCUUCUUCAGAGGCUGAAAUCCAUAAUUUUAUUUUGGACAUAUCACAAAUCCAACAAGAUGCUGAUAUUAAUUUCGGAUUAGCAAAUCAUGAGUCAAAAAAAAAAAUCGAAGAUAUUUUAGGCAAUAUCAUUCAGAUUACAAUUGCCUAUUCAGUCGGAUCCAUCCUCGUCUUUAUCUGUUUUUACUGGCCCUUUUUAAUUUCCGAGAGAAAAAUUCUCAUAAAAAUCCAGAAUUUUACAAUUAUUUUGCCUGCAAAAAUAAUUUUUAACAAGAAAAAAGAUAUUAUAUAA